UGUGAAAAAUAUGAUUUACGUCAUUUAUCAUAAAGCAUUUUAAUGUAGCUAUUGCAAUAAAAUAUUUAUAUGUGUCUACAUUUAUGCUUAUAACACUUUUACUGAAUGAGAAAGUAUUUUUCUUAUAUUUUUGUUAAUUUUCGUCUGCAAGUUCGAUUCUGUCAAUGAUGAUAAUAAAGUGUACUUCCGGUUAAUACAUGGGGGUACGUGGCUGAGAAAAAUCAGCAGAACUUUGGUGCUUAUACCAAAAUGCCACGCCAAGGAGAGUUAAUGGAUAGAGCAGAAGAUGUAGCGGAUCAGGUUUUAAGAAAAAGUAAACAUAUAUUACCACAUGUUGCCAGGUUUUGUUUAAUCAGCACAUUUCUUGAGGAUGGGAUACGAAUGUGGACACAAUGGGGAGAACAAAGAGACUACAUGGACUCAACAUGGGGAUGUGGUUACUUCUUAGCCACCCUGUUUGUAUUGCUGAAUUUGUUUGGCCAGUUAGGAGGGUGUGUUAUGAUACUUAGUCGACAGAAAGUCCCAAUAGCGUGUGGAGUUUUAUUGGGGAUCAUUUGCUUGCAGACAAUAGCUUACAGUAUAUUGUGGGAUGUAAAAUUUCUUCUUAGGAAUCUGGCUUUAGUUGGUGGAGUUGUACUGCUUUUAGCUGAAGAUAAAGCUGAAGGAAAGAGUCUGUUUGCAGGUCUACCCUCAAUUGGAGAAAACAACCCAAAACAGUAUAUGCAGCUUAGCGGAAGAAUUCUAUUAGUUCUUAUGUUUCUUACUUUGUUAAGAUUAGAUUUUGACUUUUUCCAAAUUAUUCAAAAUUUGGUUGGCACAGCGCUUAUAAUAUUGAUAGCAGUAGGUUACAAAACAAAAUUAUCUGCCCUUGUAUUGGUAGCUUGGUUAACAUGUAUUAAUGUUUAUUUCAAUGCAUGGUGGAAUAUUCCCUCAUACAAACCUAUGAGAGACUUCCUGAAGUAUGAUUUCUUCCAGACACUGUCGGUUAUUGGAGGACUACUUUUGGUGGUUGCAUAUGGUCCCGGUGGUGUUAGCAUGGAUGAACACAAAAAGAAGUGGUAGUUACCUAUCAUUACAAUAGUGACUGACAUUUAACAUGUAUAUGUCUGGAAAAGGGUCUGUGUUCAUAACACUGACUAAUAUGUGUAUGUGUUUAUUAUUAUUGUUUACAAUUAUAUAGGACUGGUCUGAAGUCAAGAAAAUAAAAGAAGUCCUCAUUUUCAUCUUUAGUCGCAGAGAGAAAAAGAAUCUUUAGUCCUGGUGAAGUUAUGUAAACAAAUUUGUGACUUUGCAAUUGAUAAAAAUCCUAUUUUAAAUUGAUAUUCCAAUUAUUUUGAUUGUUAUUAUUAAAACAAAUAAGUUUUCAGUCAUGUCAGUAGGAUGAAGCAAUAGUUGAUUGAAAAUUUUAACAAACUUAAACAUGUUGAAAUAACAUUUGAUGCCAAAUGAUGAGAAAAAGAAAAUCUAAAUUUAAAUUUGUAGCUUUUGUUCAGAUAGAGGUUGGGUAUUUUUUUAUUUGAAGGUUUAUUUAAAUCACUUAAUUUAUAAACCAAAAGAAUCCCAAAUAUUUUAACCAAAUGAAACCUAAAUAAACCAUUAAAAGCAAAGAAUCUUUUCAAUGCCAUGGAAAAAGAUUCCCACUACUUAAAAAGUGUUGUCGAACAUUUAGUUAAACAAUGUACAGAUUUUUUGUGAGAUUCUUUUCAUUUAACAGAUGAUGGAAAAUUUGGAUCUGCUUUUAAUUGUGUUCAAUGAAAUAACAAAAUUAUUACAUAAUUGAAAAGUUAUCAUUUGCAGAUUUGUACUUGAACUGAUAGAGUGAAUAGAUUUGCAAAUUUGUAAUUUCUGUUCAAGAUAAACUGGAAAAUAAUACAUUUAAGCAUUAUUUAUGAAGGGGACAAUAUAUGAAUUAAAGAUGUUACAAAGAAAUCAGCCGUAUAUGUAACACUAGAACUGCAUACGUUUUAGCAUACAUGUAUACUACAACAUAUAAAGCAGUUUUCUCACAGCAUAGAACAUUGAAAUUAUCUCCCAAAUCUUGUCCAAAGACACUUGAACCAUGAUAUUGAGUAGAGUAGGUAUUACUGUUUUUUUUAAAGUCCAGCUUGUGAUAGUGUUGUCUAUAUGGUAAGUUUGUGAAAGACAUGACAGAUGUAUAUAUGAAUCAUUUAAAUGUUCUAAACCAUCUACUCCAAUCUUCCUGUCCUGUGUUUUCAGUUUUACAUACAAUGUUUAUGUUAAACAGCAGUUAUUGUUUUAUACCAAACAUACAAACAUCACUUCAAAGAACAUACUUAUAUGUUUGAAGUUCUAGUUCAGUUUAAAUAAUUUACAGUAAAACAUAUUUACCACACAAUAUUGUGGUGUGUAUGGUAUGAUUGUUUAGGGACAUUGUACACAGGUUUUCUAAAGAAAGGUAAUCAGAAAUAGUUUUAAUUGUUUCCUAUUCAAUUAAUGUUUAUAAAACCGAGAGAUUGUGAUAUGUAAUCUAUUACAUUGUAGUGAUAAUGGAUUAUUAUUGAAGUAAACUAGUCUUUUGUUUAUCAGUGUAUUUCAUUAUUUUGUCUUGUUGAAUACAUUAUUAAUUUGUCAUGUUUUUGUGAAAAAUCUUGUACUGAAAGAUUAAGAGCAGCUGUUUUUAAAUACUUCUUUGAAAUAGCUUUCAUAAUUACAUGUAGUUAUUUCAAAAUAUGCAAACAUUAUAUGUUUAAAUUUCUUAAUAUAUUGUUUUUUUCUAUGUUUAAAUGUAAACAAAAUAAAAGCACCUAUUUAUAGUUUUUGGUAAUGGUUUAUGUUUAUAAAACCUAAUUGUUUUGUUAUUUGUUGUAAAAGCAGCAAAAUCAAGGAAAAGUAUUUGAUAGACCGUCUCUAAAAAGGAAGACAAAAAGUUUUUAAGGUAUAUGGGUUCAGUUUUAAUGUUUGAAGGGAAAAUAAAUAAGCACAGAGAGUAUCUGUAUGUAAGGACAUCUCAAUUCUUUUUGUGCUUUCUUUGUAAUGUGUAGCAUGUGUGGUUUAGGCAAGAUAUGGAUCCUUUUUAGGCCAUCUCUUGAAUGAAAUGUAUGUAUUACCCAUUCCAUCUAGACAUUAGCUAGGAUGGAUGACGUUGACUAUGAAAAGAUGACAAGCUAAGGUUGUUCCAUACUUAAGCAUUAUUUUUUUUUACUUGCUAUAUGUUUAAUUUCCAUAAAUAUUCAUGUAAAAAAUAAAUAUUUAAUAAUAAUUUAACCUACUACAUUACUGUACAUUGUUCAGUUGUUUAUAUAUUAACUGGCUUCAGUUUCAGUUUUCCCUACUGUUUUAGAUUGUAAGCCUAUCUUACUUAAGGUUAAGAGAUCCUUCCCUUUCACCAGUGAGUUCAAUUUCACAAAUAUUUAGAUGUCUUACAUUCUUUGACAUUUAUUACUGUUAAAAUGCACAUAGAUAUUACCUCCCCUUGAAAGUGUUAUUAUUAACAUGAUUUAUUUAUGUCUGAUCUUAUGACUGUGGUUCAUAUUACUUAGCAAUCUGACAUUGCCACCAUCAUUUUUAAAAACAUAUUUUUUUCACCUUAAUAUCACUAUAACAUUCUAUACUGUAAUCCACUGCUCUUAGACCAAAGAUUCAAUAUGUAAGACCGUCGUAUAGAUUGGUGCUUUAUGUUUUGCGUAUUAUUUCAUUGCCAUUUUAUUUGUUACUUAUAAAAAUCAGUGUACAUUUUGUUUGUACCAAUACCCCUUCCUAUUUGUUAUAGUGCAUGUGUUGAAAGUGCUGUAUAAAUAUUGCAAAAAAUAAAGGUGAUUGAAUGUUG